ACGUUCCUUUCACCAGUUCCUGAAAUCCCAGCUUUAAAUGCUUCUGGUUCCUGAGGCAAAUCUUUGCGGCACCUAUGCAGUUUUCUCAUGUGGGCGUGCUUUUGCUGAAAAGAAUGCAGGAGGGGCAGUUUGUCCACUUUUUUUAAAUGGCAAGUGAAAUGUCAACCCUCUGAUACUUCCUCCCCAUCUCUUAGUAUCCGAUAAUGUUCUGGGUAACAGAUUUUAAGUCGAGUUGGAUCAUUUUUGCCUUAUAUGUGGGCUAGACGGGUUUUAUUUUUUUUGAUUGCUGAAGCUUAGAUCAAUUGUUGCAUUAGGCAGAGUAUAGAUGAGGGAAGUAUUUGACGGACUGGGGGAAUUCUGCCUUUCUGGGUUUGGUAGAAAGCAAACAAUUGCUGGUAUGCGAAGAAGCAUGAAUGGCAUCGUGAGAACUGUCUCUCACAGAAACCUCACAUUGCUUCUCUCAGACGAGUAAUUGUUUUUACCCAGAACCGUUAGCUGACUCACCACCUGGCACCAUUUUCCUUUUAAAGUUUUGGUUUCAGGUUUUCAGUUUCGUAGUAAAUGCAAUCACUUCCAAAAAAAACAUUGAAUCCUUCAGAAGGAAAAGUUGGAAGGACUUAUCCAGCAUUGAACUUUUUUUUUAUCAACGAUGAUAUUUCGAUGCUUGAACUGGGGUUUCUUGAGCAACAUUUACCUGAUCUUCUCUCCUAUAUGAGUUCUGACUGUGAAAUGUCCAUGGACCACAGGGUGUGACACCUUAAUAUGACUCUUAUCAGGGUGUCAAGUGCAUUUCAUGUUGACAUAUUAAUUUAAUUUACUCUCUGAUGCUCCAUCAACUGACUAACAUAUCAACUCACGUCAUGAUCUUAGCAUCUGUGUUUUCUAGUGCCAGCCACAGACAUAUAAGUCAUUCAUGGUCUCUGAUCUGCAUCUGUAGCAUUCAUCUAAAUAAAAUGACAGUUUUUUUGUUAAUGAGGGCAGUUCAAAGGACCCAUAGCAAAAUAUUCUCAAUGUUCAAGGUAGUUCUCCUGCUUGAAGGUGAAUCUCUGCUCCAUUAUUGAGCCCUUUGCAGCCUCUUGCAGGUUUUGUUCAAACAAUAUUGUGUUUUUAGCUCCCUCUGUUUCCCAUGAACUUUGACCUGCUUCUCUCUUCCUUAUUAAAAAAAAAAGUAUUUGUCACAGCAUGAUGAUGCCACUAUCAUACUUCACGAUGGAGGUGAUGUGUUGAAGGAAAUAGUCAUUGUUAGUUUUCUGUCAUUCAGCAUUGUGGAUGUAGGCAAAAACCUUUCAUCUCGUCUGCACACAGCGAGUUUAUCCACAUGUUUGUGGUUUCUGCCUCGUAACUCCUGGCAAAACUACAUGUCUGCUGGCUUUCUUUCAGAAAUAGCUUUCUUCUCGGCAUUCUUCAAUUAAGGCCAGAUGAGCUGCAAAGACUCCCAUUAGAAAUAGGAGAAGUGUGCAAGUUACAAAUCUGGACUUUGUGGCAGAGUGGCAAGACAGAAGCAAUUACUUAAAAAGAAAAUGUCCCAUUUGCAGUUUGCCACAAACCAAAUAGGGGUCCCAUGAAACAUAUGGAGGAAGGAACUCUGGUCAGAUGAGAGCAAUAUUGAGCUUUGAAACCAACUGGCAGCAUCAUGGUGAGAAGACGCUUUUCCUCAGCAGAGUCAGGGAAGUGGGACAGAGUGAACUGGAAGAUAGACUGAGCAAAACACAACAUAAUCCUGUUAGAAACCUGGUGAGACUGGAGUGGAUGUCUUGCAGGACAACGUCACUAAAAUAUACAGCCAAAGAUAAAAUGGGAUGGUUCAGAUUAAAGCAUGUUCAUGUGUUACAGCGACACGGUCCCGGUCCAGAGCUAUAGAUCCAAAGGAAAAUCUGUGGUGAUGCUGAAAAAUAGAUGUGGAAAGAUGUUUGUCAUCCAGUUUUGCACAUAUUUUAGCCACUAUAUGUGUAAACCUGAUAUAGAGAUACCCCCACCCCCCCAAAAAAAAAAAAACACAUACACAUAUGUAUACUUUAUUACCAGCCUUCAUAACAUGACCUGACCUUUUUAUUAUCAUGUAAGGCCAUGUGGUAAAUGUUUAGAGAAAUGCAAACGGCGACACUGCAAACUCAUAGACCGCGUUUAACACUCUGACUGCCGCCACGGAAGCCUUUAAAGUACCUGAAUAUUGUGCAUUUCUCUUUUUCCGUGCGGGUGGGUUGUUAUCGCGAGGAACUCGGGAGGUAAAGCGAAGCGAGAGCGCUUUCCUACGUCGACGCUUCCAGAGUGGCACAGAAACGGGGACGUACAGAAUGCCGUCUCCGUGUCUUUAUCAUGGACUACAUUUAUGACUCGAUCGACUGCAUUUUGCGCUUCUUAAUGAAAACUGUGUGCAGUCUCCUUUGCGCUGGCUUCUCCCACCGCACUUCUGUAGCCGCUGGCAUCCCGUUUUCAGCACCUGGACAGCUCCCCGUCGAGCAGCUCUUGUUAUUAUUAUUAUUAUUAUUAUUAUCAUCAUCCUCAUCAUCAUCCUCAUCAUCAUCAUCAGGCACAUGGAGUCCCUGGUGUGAUUGUGGGGGAAGCCCUGCAAGCACAUUAUGCAUCUACUGAUCCGGUGAAAGCCUCGUCGUCUCCGCUAAAGGAUGGUGCUUCCAACCCAGAGGAGGUGUUCGCUGUCCUCUGAGAAGAAGCGAUACGUGUGCGCAGUCGACGCAGAUUUAAGCCUAAUCGCUGCCUACACACAGGAAGAUCCGAGCUUCAGUCACACCGAUCACCAUCAUCAUCAUCAUCAUCAUCAUUACAAUAAUAAUAACAAUAAUCGGCUAAGGAAAGGAUAUCACCAUCACUGCUGUGUGGUCAAUGGAGAAGGGACCAUGUAGAAUAUACUCCAGAGAUAUGGUCCUGACCAGAUCUCUGCAGUGGUGGAUGUAGCUCCUGGCUUCAUUUAAAGAAGACAUAUUAGCAGCAACAAGACAUGAGCAAUACACAAGCUCCUCCCCAGGGUGGAGCCUCGGAUCUGGAGGUCAUCUCCCAACAGGUGGAGGAGGACAACCAGUGCGUGGCUCCAGUCCAGCUGGUCAACUUCACCUACAGAGACUUGCCUUUGGCAGCCCUGGACAUAUCUCUGGCUGGAUCCCAGCUCAUCUCCAACCCCGACGAAGAGGAUAACAGAGAUGGGUCCAACUGGCUGAAGCCUUGCUGUGGACGGCGGGCGGCACUGUGGCAGGUCUGCCUGCUGUCAGCAGGUUUCAACUGUUUCCUGGUGGCCUGUGUCAUCCUGGUGGUGCUGCUGCUGACAGUGGAGUUGCUCAUAGACAUCAAACUGCUGCAGUUUAAUAACGCAUCCCAGUUUGCCAGCAUCAUCCACUGGAUCAGCCUGGCUAUCCUCUCUGUGUUCUUCACCGAGACGGUGUUCAGGAUUGUGGUGCUGGGGAUAUGGGAUUACAUUGAGAACAAAGUAGAGGUGUUUGAUGGAGCUGUCAUCGUUCUCUCUUUGGCCCCCAUGGUGGCCUCCACAGUGGCCAACGGCCCCAGCAGCCCCUGGGACGCCAUCGGCCUCAUUAUCUCGCUGCGCAUCUGGAGGGUUAAGAGAAUCAUUGACGCAUAUGUUCUGCAAGUGAAGGUGGAAAUGGAGCUGGAGAUCCAGCAGUACGAGAAGGCCAAAGCAGUGCGGGAGGAGCAGCUUGAUCGGCUAACCCAGAUCUGCCAAGAACAAGCUUUUGAAAUCAGACAGCUGAGGGCCCACCUGGCCCAGCAGGAUCUGGACCUGGUAGCAGAGCGUGAAGCCGCCAUGCAGAUCCACCAUAUGUGGGGGAAACAGAGCAGCAGCUUCCAGGAGGUGGACGGGUUAGCAGCGGGGGCCUCUGACCAUCACAGACCAGCCAAAAUUAGGGAACCUCGGGGGGCCACAGACCAUCAUGGUCAGGAUGACAUGAAUAACUACAUCAGCCAGUACUACAGCGAGCCAAGCAGCGACAUGGGGAUCCCAGACCCAGCCCGUGUCAUCACAACGGCAGCGAUAGAUGUCCAUCUGCCCAACAACCCCAGCCAGCUUCCCUCUACCUUAGUGAGCGCCGACGCGGCGCCGUCCAGCCGACUGCAGCGCACCAGCAGCUCCGUGAGCGAGGCGUCCACCACCGCCGUGUCCCGCAGCAGCUUCAGCGCCCGUCAGCACAGCAUCAGCAGCCACACGCUGGGCUCCAGCAUGGACUGCAGCUCCACGGUGCGCGAGGCCUCCACCUCCACGGACUACAGCAACCAGCGCUGCUACCCGCCACCGUACAGCAGCCCGCUGGCCCUGGGCCCCCAGCCGCGGGGGAGCCCCAGCACCGUGGUGCAGGAGCUGCUCUACUCGCUGUCUGAGGACUCCUGUCUCACUCAGAAGGGCUUGGACCCCGUCAAUCUGAAACCGCCCAGUCCGACCGGUUCCACCAAAACCAGCCCAGAGCUGGAGCGCAGACUGAACAUUUAUAACAAGAGGAACCAAGAGAGCCGGAUCGGGCUUCACGGCAAGCCUGUUAUCCACCUGCAGGGUAACGAGCCUCUGCUCGAGGAGAAGUACAGGAUGAUGGGAUCAGUGGAGACUUCAGUCAACCGCCUGUCAGAAGCGUAGGAAUUUCACAGACCAGCUAUCGAGGCUUACUCGUCAGAUCAAAUGCAAAUGCAAAAAAAAAAGAAAAAAAAAGAAAAACUCAAUUACCCUGACAAGUCACUGGUACAUGAACUCUGCCUUUAAUCUUCUUUAUAUUGCUGGGAUGUAAGAGGAAGAACUCACCACAGGGGGCACUGAUAAAAUAUAGACAGAUUAUUCAUCAGGCUACACUUUUCAGGAAUUGAAAAUUUUUUACUUUUCCAAACACAAACCACCAGAAUAAAAAAGGUUUGACAUUAAAAAAAAAAAAAAAAAAAAAAAAAGCCUGUGCUGACAAGUUUGCUUUUUCAUAUGUUCUUUUUUUUUUUUAGAAAAUGAAGAGGGGAAGAUGAUGGUGCUGAGGGUUUAACGUCAUUGUUCUCACACUUUAGAGCUCUCCAAAUAAUCUUGUUCAUUACAUCACCUGGAAACAGGCAGCAGUGUCUAAGUCAAAAUCUCCAAAUUCAUUAACAGUCCGUCUCGAUGGACUCCUGCAGGGCAAAAUAUCAUCUCAACUUCUAUUCUUUCACUUUCUACAUUUUUUAUCCACAGUCAGAGUUAAAGGAAUUUUAUCUUUGGACUUUUAAAAUUUCAGAUGAUUUGCAAUUACUCCAGGUGCCAUGACUGGAAACUGUCCGACCCCAGUUUAAUAAGAUUAUUCAAGAUUUUGCCAUACCACAUUAAGGUAUUUAAAACCCUUCAGGUUUCAUCUAAGCUUAAAUAAAUGUUUUUUUGUUUGUUUCACAUACUUUUGUGUAAAUAUUCACAAAUGAGUAUGACUGUCUCACAAAAGAUUAAGAAAUGUGAGAAGUUUAAAUAAAGUGCAAAAAAAAAAAAAAAAAAUGAUAGCAUGAACCUUUAGGAUUUGUGACCACAUUGGAAACUUUUUAAACGUUUCUCUGAUCAAGGUAAAGCAAUGCUGCAACUUAAUAAAAAGCAAAAAAGAAACAUGGCAAAUUCAUAGACGUUUUGAGCUGUGUUUAAUACACUGCUUUUCAAAAAGCAUCUCUUUACUUACUGUACAUUUCCUUUGAGACAUCUUACAUGUCCCAAAGCACCGUUCCAAGACUUUAAAUACAAUUUACGUGUACUACGGAGAGCAAAAAGAUAAAAGCAGAGGCCAUCCAUUAACCAUCUGAUACCCGCAGUCUGCGUCAAGAACUGGGAUUUAAAAGAAUGACGAGAUUUUAUAGAACACCAACAUACAGAUUCAACAAUGUGUUAAGGCAGAGACUGUUUCCCAUCGUUGCUCUAUUAUUUAUUCCAUCUGUGCGACGAAGCGCUGGUUCGAUUUCCCCUCACUUGCUCAGAGCUUCUGUCAUCUCAGGAACAGCCUU